GCUGAGCAGCGCCUGGGUACACAGCGGCCUGGGAGACCCUCUGAGGGGGCGUGAGGCCAUGAACCUGGGAGAUGGUUUAAAGCUUGAAACUGAAUUACUGGAUGGAAAAACUAAGCUGAUACUGUCUCCAUAUGAGCGUAAAUCAAAAAUUUCUGUGAAGAUGGGAAAUAAGAUCAAGAUUGCAAAAUGUCCUUUAAGAACAAAACAAGUUGGACGUAUUCUGAAAUCAACUCAAAAUACUUACAUUGGGAAUGAAACUCACUUACAAAAGAAGAUAAUUGGUUCUGAAAUUUUACAGGCAAAUUGUGAAAAAAGUAAACUGACAUGUUCACCCACUAAGAACUUAUGUAAGCAGUAUGCAGAUAAAGACUGUCUUCAUGUCCAGAAAGAGAUUUCACCUGCAACUUCUAAUAUAAAGAAGAUUAGAGAUGCCACAGAAUCAUGUCUAGAGGCUAAACAGGGGCCUUUUGAAAAAUACGUUACAGCUGAAAACAUGAAUAGCAGUUUAGUGUGUCUCACACAAGACCAACUGCGUCAGAUUCUAAGGACUAUAAACCAAGGAAAUGGGUCUAUUUCUCUAAUUGAAAAUGGGAAGGAGGAAACAAGUCAAGAUAAUUUACAUUUAAACAAUAUUCCUAAUCAACCAAAAGAUGAGAACAUUAUAGAAUUACUUCAGAAAACUGAAAUUGUUUCACCUACCCCAAAUGAAAACAAACAUGUCUACAAUAAAGAUCAAGAGGCAGCUAUAGAGUGUGAGCAGAAAGUCACCAGAGAGAAUGAAUGGAAACCAGCUGGCAUAUUCAGCACUCUGGGGGAAAGGGAACGUGAUAGAAGUUUGUUGGAAGCAAAAAGAGCCCAGUGGAAAAAAGAGCUAGGGGCAUUAUUUACAGAUGAACAGGUAGCUCUAAAGAAGAAAGAAAAGGAAGCUUCUCAAAAAUGGAAUAACCCUUGGAAAAAGUCUGAAAGUGGUACAGAAGUAUGGGAUAAACUUGACCAACCUAGGGAAGCAGUACUGCAGGAGCAGCCUUGCAGCACUAUGAAGCAAGAACUGCAGAGAAAAUGGAUCGAAGAGUUGAGUAAGCAAACAGAAGAUGACCAGCAAAGGAAAACAGAAGAAAAAAUGAUAAAUUCAAAGGGUGAGGACCACGACAGGUGGGCAAUGCAUUUUGAUUCCUUAAAGAGUCAUCCUGGCUCUCAGUCUCGACUGUCCUCUCAGUUAACCCACCAACACCUGGAAUACAUCUGUCUCUCUCCCAACACUCCGGACCUGGCUGAUGUCAAAAGUGUAAACACACCUCCACCAGGAAACCAGGUAGAGUCUUCAGAAGAGCAAAGAGCAAAACCUGUUAUGGAUGUGGCUGUGGCACUCAGCCAGAAAACAAAUUUUCUCCGUUCUAUGACUGCUCUCUUGGACCCAGCACAGAUUGAGGAACGAGAAAGACGGCGACAGAAACAGUUAGAACAUCAGAAAGCCAUCACUGCUCAGGUGGAAGAGAAGCGCAGGAAGAAGCAACUGGAGGAAGAACAGAGAAAGAAGGAGGAGGAGGAGGAGGAGCGACGCUUAGCACGGGAACGAGAAGAGCUGCAGAGACAGUAUGAAGAGGACAUUCUUAAGCAAAGACAAAAAGAAGAAAUCAUGACUCUCAAGACAAAUGAGCUAUUCCACACAAUGCAGAGAGCACAGGAGUUGGCACAGAGACUGAAACAAGAACAAAGAAUCCGAGAAUUGACUCAGAAGGGCCAUGAUGCCUCUGGGCUCAUUAAAAAUCUUGGUGUUGAUACAGUACAAGUGGAUUAUAAGGCAUCUACUAAUAUUUCAAAUUCAAGACAUGACUCUGAUGAAGCUGGUGGGAAAACAAAUAAAUGUAUCAGUUCUACAACUUCCCCCAAGAAGGAUACUGGUGUGCAAACAGAUGACUUAAAUUUAGGAAUAUUCACAGAUGCACUAUCACACUAUGGAUCAGUAACAGAGAGAAGCUUUAUAAACUUUUCUUCUCCGGAGAUUUCUGCAGAAUUUAACGGACAGUUUAGCACUAAAAAAGAUAAGCAAGAACUAAGUGCGGACAAAGGAGCCAACUUAGAAAAAGAAAACAGCUGGUAUAAUGGCCAGUGUAAUCAAUUUGUAAGACCAGAAAAACAAACAAAACUCAUGAAGAAAUGUCCUAAAAAGCCUGCUUGGAAUAUAAAUAAGCCUCUCAAAAGGUAUGUUCCUGCAUCAGAAAAGUACCCUAAACAGCUUCAGAAGCAGAGAGAAGAAAAAAAGGUGAGAAGGCAGAUGGAACUGCUUCACUUGGUGGAGAGAAACCAUCCUGAAAACCUCUCCCAGUGUAGAGGCACUUCACCAGAAGCUCUUGCUUCACCUCACCAAGAAACUGAGUCAGAGAUUAGGUGGCAUCCAGCCAAAAAGGUGGAAGAACCUCUGAAAGCACUUCCAUUUAGUAAAGAAAGGUUUCAAUCACCACCAAUUCCGGCACUAAAAAACAGAACCCAACAAACUCAGACUAAUUCAUUACCCUUACCACUAAAAAGCAGUAACUACAACAGAGAGAAUCCGAUCUUAGGAAAUGGUCAAACAGAACCAUCAGAUGAGAUGUCUGAGCCAUCCCAUUUUAUUCCUUAUGUUCGGACAAAUGAAAUAUAUUACCUUGAUCCAGAUGCACCCUUGUCUAGGCCUUCAACCCAAGAUAACCAAUACCAAAUUUCUCAGGAUUGUGAACAAGAACUACCUGACUGUGACCGUAUCAAAGAUCCACUUCUUAACCCAAAAUUGGUGAAAAACAGGGAUCGACAGCAAGCAAUCCUUAAGGGCCUUUCAGAACUGAGACAGGGUCUUCUGCAGAAGCAAAAGGAAUUGGAAACUAAUCUCUUACCCUUAACUGCAAACCAAGAAGAGAAUUUUAGUUCUAAGUUUUAAAUAUGCCCAUCACUCAACUGCAUCUUUCAAGCAGCCUAGCUUUUGCAAGCACCCACUGAAAAGCUGUACAAUUAUGUAGUAAAAUGCUGUAUUUUUAAAUACAAUAAAACACUUUUUUAGAA